GAAUGGAUGGAUAGGUAGAUGAAUAUGCAGGUUCCAAAUAUAAGUAAAUGAAUGCAUUUGGCCCCUGAUAACCAUCAAAAGUUGUUUCCAGAGUUAUAAAUAUAAAAUACUCACAAAGGGUGGAUAGAAUUUUCCUAAUUAUAAUUACCUGAGAAGGUAGAGGAGUAAAAAUAGGUGUGACAUCACCACACAGGAAGGUGUUCUCGGGCUUCCCACACUUUCUCCCCACAUGCGCACUCGUUGACCUCCUAGCACUGCCCACUUGUGGUCACUAACACAUCACUCACACUUCUCCACAGUCAAGUUGACACUGUGGUCCCCAAAAUGUUCCAUCGGGAGGUGUUUGGGGGGCAGCCAACCCGGAGGAAGCUCCCAGAGCAGAUGGAGGCGUUGACACGUGUGGUCACAGGGCCCCUGCCUCUGCCUCCUUCAAAAGAAACGACUCUCCUGCACUUAUUUCAGAAGUGAGAGGAAAUCGCCAGCGUCACAGCAGCAGGGCACAACAUGUGGUGGCAAGUUCUCAGCUUACUGUCUUGGUUCCCCGUACAAGACACCCUCCUGACUAACCUCACGGAAACUGUCACCGUGGAGGAAGGCCACACACUGACCCUCGAGUGUGCCACUUCCCCGGGGAAGACCGCCUCCCUCCAGUGGCUGGCACCCUCUGGCUUCACCAUGUUUUUAAAUGGGCAUCCCGCUUUAAAAGACUCCAGAUACCAACUUCUUCACCACUCAGCCACGCAGCUGUCCAUCCAAGUGGCCAAUGUCACCGUCCAGGAUGAAGGCGUGUACAAGUGUUUACAGUACGGCAACUCGGUGAGCACCAAGGAAGUGAGAGUGAUUGUGCUAGCAACUCCUGUCAAGCCAACCCUGGAGGCUUCAGUUAUCAGAAGACCUAACGGAAAAGAACAUGUUGUACUUAGAUGCUCUGCCCAGAGAAGCAAGCCCCCUCCGAGGAUAACCUGGCUACUGGGGACCAACAUGGAGAUCUAUAGUGAAACCCACCAUAAGUUCGAAACAGACGGGAAAAAAUGUAAUACCACCAGCAUGCUAAUCGUGCAUUCAUUCAGCAAAAACUCGACUGUGGGCUGCGUCCUACGACACCAGGGCCUGCAAGGGAGCAAAUUCGUUGUGCCCUUCCAGUUUGAAGAUUUGGUUACCGAGCAAGAAACAGUUUCAGACGCUCCGGAGCAAAGCACUCGCUCUUCUCCAGACCCUCAGCAGCCCACGAGUAUUGUUUCAAUAAUGGAAAAUUCCAGUAUACCAGAGGUUAACAAGGAAGAAAAAGAACAAACCAUUCAAGACUCUGAUUUGGCCAGUGACGCAAGUCCUCGGUAUAUGGGGCUGGCAAGGAAAAAGAGUGGCAUCCUGCUGCUCACACUUGUGUCCUUCCUCAUCUUUGUCCUCUUCAUCAUUGUCCAGCUCUUCAUCAUGAAACUGCGGAAGGCACACGUGGUCUGGAAGAAGGAAAAUGAAAUUUCAGAAAACACCCUAGAAAGCUACAGAUCAAGGUCAAAUAAUGAAGAAACAUCUUCCCAAGAGAAAAAUAGCCAAACUUCCCACUCGAAGCGUUGCAUGGACUACAUUGCAAGGUUGUAUUCGGGAGCAAAAACAAAGAAGGAGGCUGUGCAACCUUCACAAUCGAAAGAAAAGGGCACUCACGUCCCGGAGAGCAUUGUGUAGCAUGCCCUGUGACAGAAGACAGGAUUUCAGAGCCACCGCGGCAAGAAGAGCGUCUGUGGGACAGAGAAAAUUACUGUGACAUGAAAAUAUCAUCUGAGUGCAAUGCAUGAUGAUGUCCUCUGAACCAGGGCAAAAACAUGAGGGCCAAACCACGGACAGAAGGUUCCUAGUUAAAAGAACGAAAGAAAAAAAGAACCUAUUACGCCUGACACUACUUCAGAGCAGAAGGAUUCCACUAAGCCUUGUGGAUCGGGGUCAGUGUGACCAACUAACAUCUUACCUUGAAGGGAAUGAAAAUUUUUAGGUACCGGGCUUUAGUGGAACUAUAUAAAACAAUUUUUUUAGAAGAAGAUCUUUCCUUCUGGUCAUAAAAUAAAGAAUCUUAGGAUGAAAAGGACCUAAACGAAAUCUCCAGUCCUAGGAGGUUGCUUUCAAGAUGGGUAUUAAGAAGAGGCAACCAGUCCAUGGGCAUUCGAGAGGACCCGUGUGUGUGUCACAGUGACUGAGUCAGACAGACACGAAGGCCCCAAGCUCUGCUCCUAGGACACAAGGAGAGAGCUCGGAGUCCCGAGUGUCAGACUUCCUUAAGCUUUCUUGCUAUAUCACAUGUGCUGACUUGAUAGACAGCGUGUUUUAACCCAGUCAUUCCAUAACAAGGCAUGUCUGCAAGCCUACCCAACAGACUUGAUGAAUGGUUUUUUAAAUUCCUCAGUAAAGAGUAUUUGUUUUUUCUAGCAAUUGUGGUCCAAGUGGUACUACCUACUUUCAUACGCAAAAAGUGACAUGUGACAUCUUUUUCUUUCUAUCAGUGUAUUUAAAUGACAGCAAAUGCUGCCAUUAUGUAGAAAUCUUCUCAGUGUUAGGAUCUGAAUAAACCAGCUCUAAAAUAAUGCA